GAGCUUGACAUGCUGAGCAUGGGCUCAGCAGGUCGUACUGUACUGCAAGGACCUUCACUUCCCUGCCAACUUCACAAUGUGAUUGUUUCGAGGUGUGACGGUGGUGUUGCCUCGUCGAGUGACACAUCAUCGUCGUCCUGCUCCCCUUCAUCCACCGAAAACCUUCAUCAGCAACAGCAUCGACAACAUCAACAACAAUUGAAGAGUAGCGAUGCAUCACUUGACUCGACAGUAGCUUCAAUUCUGAAUCAUUCUCUAAAGCCUGAGCCAUCGGAUCCGGAUUACUCAGUUGAAGGUCCCAAUGGUUCUGCAACAGCGUCUACGCAUCGACUGCCGAUGCAACCAAUGUCACUGCAUUUAGCUGCUGGUUACGGUGGACGCUGCUCGAAUGAUAGUGGUGUUAGCGGUGGAGCGAUGAGUACAACAUCCAGUUCUGGUACUCCAACACCAGUUCGACGAUCACGCUCCAGUCACGAUGGUAUGCUGAAAUGCCAAUUCUGUCCAAAGAAAUGGGCUGAUCAAGCUGCGUUACAUACGCAUAUGGCAGACUGUCGAAUGAUGCGUGGACAUGAAUGUGCCCAAUGUGGAAAACGGUUUAAGGCUCGUGGCGGUUUACAACAGCAUCUUCGCAUUCAUUCGAACGAUCGACCUUACGCUUGCCAUUUUUGUGCGAAGCGAUUCACACAGAAAAGCCAUGUUGAUCAACAUGAACGAAUUCACACCGGUAAGAUUUUGUUUUUUGGCCUUUAA